AAGUUCCAUUAGUAACAUCGAUUUCAAAUCGAAUAUAUCACGCAUUCUUCGCUUGCAUCGACCGAUUUUACCAUUGGUAUUCUAUAUUUGCAUGCAUUUCACCUUCUGAUUAUUCAUCAUUUUUUCAAGAAUUCUUAAAUUUCAUCGAAAGUUUCUUGAACCGAAUGACGUACGCACAAUGCAUUUCUGUUAUCAUCUUUCGCUAUAUUUUCACAAGACGUAAAGUUGAAGGAUGCAAAUUAACAGGACUUUAUCAUUUUAUCUUUGGCGAUGUUAAGAAUUCAUGAAACGGUUUCGUUGAUAAAAGUAAAUCCAUAGCUAUCGCAAGAAAAGAGGGAAUCUAUGCUUUCGUAUCGUUAUAUUAAUUUCAAAUCAAAUUUACUCCAUUCUUUUUCGUCUUACGUUGAUCACUGUACGAUGAACACGUAUAGUGAAUAUCACGUAGCGCCAUCUGCUCAAAUCGUUUAAAUUCUUCGUGUACGUCCUCCGUAACCUCCAAAGAAUACGCGGCCGCGUUUUACGUCGGAGAAAAUUACGCGUAUCGCAAAAACGAACUUUAGUCCGUAUUCAAUCGUUGUUUCGUACGUGCGUUACUAGUUUCCGGUUAUUGUUCUCGUAGAGUAAACAUUCGGGAACGCCGUUUGAUUCCAAGCGAAGUAGAAGGAAAACACGACUGACAGAAGUUCGAAGACCGAAAACUCGCGAGUACUACCUGUUGUCGCGAUAUUUUCGCACAAUGACAGAUUCUUUUCCAUAACAUUAUGAAACCAUGUGAUGUGCUUCGUGGCGCCUGCAAUUGGGAAAAGAAUAAUCGACCAUUUCCUACCAUUAAAUGUACGCUUUACGUUCAUCCGACAGGAUCGAGUUCAACACGUUGAUUCGUCAAAAUUUUGAAAACUCCACUGCAUCCUUUAUCACCACGAUCAUUUUUUCAUAAAUAAUUCUUCUUGUCGAUCGUGAUCGUACAUUGUAAUAAACGAUCGCUCAAACAUUUCGAUUUCGCCGCCUUUUUACUGACAAGAAUCGUCUCGGUCAUUCAUCCCAGAUAACAGCGAUUUGAGAAUGUGAUAAAUAGGAACGUUUGAAAUUCUGAAGAAUGAAUUAAGUCGAGCUGCUUUGGAAAAACUGUUCUUGUACUGUGUACAAGCAUCCAACUUAAAGUCUAUAGAACGGAAGACAAACUCUAAAAGACAAUGGAUAGCUCUAUACAAGAGAGGUUUCUAGGCUUUAUCGACGUUAUAAUUAGGGUUCCACCGUUAUUCAUCAUAGACGCAUUACUUAGAAUUGGACUGGGACUUCCUAGCGAGGAUGUAGUGCUGGAGAGCACAGAACAAGGGUUCAAAAUUUCAAAUGUUCUAGACAGCACUGUUAAUACAAUGGCAUCGGUCACGUCCAACUCAUUUCUCAUAGAACUAUUCGAUUUUGGACACCUUGCCUAUAAGAUGUAUUUUAUGAUUAUAUUGAAAUUUUUAUGCUGCUGUUUAGGGUGUAUUGCUGCAUUAUGUACAUUCAUGUUAUGGACAAAACAUCUGAUAGUUGUGUACCUAUACUUAAUGUCAAUGGGAGUAAUAGUCCUAUCCCACUGGUCAAAUGUUAGUACAAUGAAAGCUAUUAUAGCAUAUGUGAGCACACACGAAUCUACGACUCGUAUUCUCGAUGAUAUUUUAUGUUUCAAUAUAAAAUACAUACUAAACGAAGGACCUGGAUUUGUGUUAAUUGAAAACUACAUAUUGCAAUGCUUGUUAGCUAGUAUAUUUUGUUAUACUCAUCUUGCCCCGAAACAUCCGAUUUUACAAAAACUUCUUAUACUGAGUUUCAUGGCACCAUCCAUCUUGGCCAUUUAUCCGCUACCGACGCAAUUUCUUCACCACGCACCGGUGUUUGCGGCACUUCUCCCGAUGGCUGUGUGCAACUUCGUGUUUUGGUACAACGGGAUCACCAUACUGAAGACGGUGUACAUGGGUUAUCAACACGCGCGCAACUUUAUAAACAAUUACGGUCUAUCCGCGCUUGCAGAGACCGAGUGGAUCCGAUUGAACGUUCCGUGCGUGUUACGCACGUUUUGGAUGUUACGCGUGGGGGGACAAGUGAUCCACAUUCUCGUGAAUCACUAUGGCGAAGAAACGUUUACGUACUUCGUGAUGAUCAAAACUCUGUUGAUAAACGGUUGCGAGACCUUGACAGCGGUUUUGGGAAUGACCAGUAUAAUAUCGUUCAUUUGCCACUACAUCGGCUGUUUCUUCCAAUGGGUGCUCCUCGCCGAAGAUGGGGAUGAGACGAGUAUCGGCACCGUGUCAGCGAUUUUGUUUUACAUGCUGGCCCUUCAAACGGGGCUGACGAGCUUGGACAGAGACAAACGUUUAGUCCGCCUCUGUCGUAACUUUUGUCUACUGUUUACGGCGGUUCUACACUUUGUACACAACAUCGUGAAUCCUCUGUUAAUGUCUCUGAGUGCCUCCCACAAUCCAGCCCUUCACCGACACAUUCGCGCGCUUGCGGUAUGCGCGUUUUUGAUACUAUUUCCGGUUUCGUUGCUCGUGUAUCUGUGGUCACACUUUACCGUGAGCACGUGGUUGUUGGCGGUGUCGGUGUUCAACAUCGAGGUGAUAGAAAAGGUGCUGGUCUCCCUCGCGAUCUAUUCCCUGUUUCUCAUCGACGCGUAUCGCAGCGUGUUUUGGGAGCAGCUCGACGACUGCGUUUACAUUAUACGCUCGUUUGGCAACACGGUGGAGUUCGCUUUCGGCAUCAUCCUCUUCUUCAACGGUUUCUGGAUUCUGGUGUUCGAGUCUGGCGGAGCGAUACGCGCCAUUAUGAUGUGCAUUCACGCCUAUCUGAACAUCUGGUGCGAGGCGAAGGCCGGAUGGAGCGUGUUCAUGAAGCGUCGUACGGCAGUGAACAAAAUCAAUUCCCUACCGGAGGCCAAGGCGGAACAGCUCGAGAUGUUGAACGACGUGUGCGCCAUUUGCUACCAAGAGAUGCGCAGCGCCAAGAUCACGCGCUGCAAUCACUACUUCCACGGUGUUUGUUUACGAAAGUGGUUGUACGUGCAGGACCGUUGUCCACUUUGUCUCGACAUACUGUACAAAGUCGAAAACACGCAGACCAACAAGGCCAACAACGAGGUUAUCGCCGUCGAACAAGAAGCGCGAAGCAACAGCGAAAAUAACGUUUUCCAACGAGUGAACGAGGAUAGGUGAAAGAACGCAUAGCUUUAUUGUGAUACUUCCGGAUAACAGAUAGAACUAUUACGAAUUAUGACAUUUUAAAUCGAAAGGCAUCGAUCUCCAAAAAAUCUUGCCGCGAAUGAUUUCGUUUCUCUCUUAACGCCGCUCAAAUUUCAGUACAUACUCUCAAGUACUCUGUACUUUAAGCACGGCCGAUAGAACGUUUCCCCGAUUGGUUGUACUCCGUCGAAAAAAACAAAUUUAAUCAUUGUAUAAAGCUUCGAACGAUAAAUCGCGCGUAUAGAAUCGUUACCGCGAACACAUCGCGACACCUAAGCUUCCAACGUGCCGAUCACUCUUCCAUUUAUAAGCAAGUGUUUUAUCGACUUUCUGCGUUUAUCGAUUCGCGCCGAGAAGCUUAUAUACCACAUUUUCCAUUAGAAUAAACGUCCCUGAACACGAAUCAACCGAAUUACCGUGUGUUUUCUCUCAGAACGCUAAAUAGUUUAAUUUAAGCCUUCGAAAGACUGCGUUGACCGAGAUGUGUUUCCAUUUUAUGGUAAUCGUUGAUUUGUAAUAGUUUUGAAAGUGGUAUUGAUUACUACGAAUUACGUAGAAGGUGUAGUUUUUAUUUAUGCUUUUGUAAAGAAUAGUUUUGUAAUACAUCGUUGAGCGAAGUGAAACCGAUAUACGAUAACAAAGUAUCGUUUGACGAGUAAUGACGGAUUCCAGAACGAAUCGAAUCGAAUUUACAUAUUUUAUAUAAACAAGUAGCUUCAGGCUUCAGCCUGCAAGUCGCGUGCAAUUUUCGCGAAUCGAUUCGAUUGUUCGCUAGGAGAACAUAAAAAGACGGAAUGCAACAUUUUCGUAUUUCGAUUUCAAAUUUCGUAGAGCUAGUAUUCGCCCAAUUUAAUCGAUCGUAGUAUCUCGUUACGUGAAAAGAUCGUGUACGAUUUUCUAUUACGUGUUAAGUUCGCUCGCAAGGAUUGCCAUCUUCUUUACAGAUUUCUGCUACUUUCUCCGUCGCUUCGAGUCACAUUUACAAGGCUUCGUGAUAGUCAAUCGAUUAACAGCAGAAAUAAUGUAAAGUUUUCUAAUUUAUUGCCUCGGAAGCAUGGUAUUCACUUACACGAUUCUACGAUAACCGUAUAAAAGGUUUGUUUGUAAGAUCAAAAUUCUAUCCAAUAAAUGUUAUAUUUUUAAACCAU